AACAACCCGAAACUAACAAAUUUCAUCAUCAACAUACAAACAACCAACCAAUCAAAGUUUCAAAACAAGUUCAAGCAAGAAACGAGGGAGAAAGAAAAUGGCAGACAACAAGCAAAACAUAAGCUACCAAGCCGGUCAAGCCACUGGCCAGACUAAGGAGAAGGCAAGUGGUAUGAUGGACAAGGCCAAAGAUGCUGCUGCUUCAGCUCAAGAUUCCAUGCAACAGGCUGGGCAACAGAUGAAGGAGAAGGCACAAGGAGCUACUGAUGGGGUGAAGGACAAAACCGGCAUGAACAAGAACACCUGAACAACUUUUUUUUUUCAUUUUCCGUUCUAAUCUAAUUCCUCUCUUGGAGUUAUUUAAUAAAUUUGGGAAGGGGUAGUGAUUCUCAUUCCUGUGCUCUUCUGAUGUUAUUUCCUUUUUGUAUGGUUAUGUAAUCUUUUCAAAUAAUUAAUAAAAUCUCAGUUUUUCUAA